CAGCGUCCCGCCCGCAUCCGACGUCUUUGCUGGUGACCGAAUGAGAAUCGGCCACGUGUCGAUCUGGACUUGAUUCGAUAAGGGUAGUGUGGUAAAUUGCGCCAGGAACGUUCCUCUUUGUUCCAAGUCGGCGACUCGGUGCUUCUCCCUUCCCGGAAGAUCCACUGGUGGACGUGGAAUUGCCCCGGUGUUAACUGAUCCACUGGUGGUUCUGCUCCGACGAACGGACCGGCGACGGAAUUUGAUGAUCGAGGCGUUAGGGUUUCUACGUCGAGUUUGGGGUUCCUGAAUCUUACUGAGCGCUUGAUGGCGGAUACCGGGCGGUUCUCGUUGACCCCUCAGCUUGACAUUGAUCAGAUACUUAUUGAAGCACAACAUCGGUGGUUGCGCCCUGCUGAAAUUUGUGAAAUACUACAGAACUACAGGAAGUUCAAUAUUGCGCCAGAACCACCAAAUAGACCACCCAGUGGAUCUGUUUUUCUCUUUGAUCGCAAAGUAUUGAGAUACUUCAGGAAAGAUGGUCAUAAUUGGAGAAAGAAGAAGGAUGGGAAGACUGUAAAAGAAGCUCAUGAGAGACUAAAGGCUGGGAGUGUUGAUGUGCUUCAUUGCUACUAUGCUCAUGGUGAAGAGAAUGAAAGUUUUCAGAGGAGGAGUUAUUGGAUGUUGGAAGAGGACUUGAUGCACAUUGUGCUUGUCCACUAUCUUGAAGUGAAGGGUCACAAACCAAGUUCCAGCCGCACUAGAGAUGUUGCAGUUCUACAAGUUAACCCCAUUGAGAGUCCUGCAUCUUCUAAUUCCUUUAGUAACCACAGCCAACUGCCUUCACAAUUAACCGAUGUUGAAAGCCCCAACAGUGUACACAAUUUAGAUUAUGAAGAUGCUGAAUCAGCAGAUAAUCCAUCAAGUUCCAGACACCACGCUUUCACUACGAUGCGGCAGUAUGAUGGUGGACAAAUGAAGGGUGUUCAGUUAUUGGACCCUUUUGUUCGUGAUCCUUCCAUAUAUGAUCAAGGUGAUUUUCAAGGACAGUACAUAGAACCAAAAUCAGAGCUUUAUUCUACGCAGGGAAAUGUAAGCAAAGACUGGGAUGGAACAGGUUCUCAGUCUGCAUUUAUUGGGUCCAAACCACAGUUUGAUCUAGCCUCAUGGAAUGAAGUUCUGCAACAUGCAGCAACACUUCAAAUGCCAUCUCACCAGCCAUCAGUUGGCUUUAGAGAGCCUUCCAUAGAGAAAUUUGAUAGUAAUUUUCAAGCUACCACAGAGGGAGAACUAUCUUCAGAUAAUAUCAACUUUAGGCCAGAUGAUUGCAGUGCUUUAAGAAAAUCUGCAAUGAAGAUUACUGAUGAUGACACUGAUUCAACCGUUACAACAAGCAUUGCCAUAGAAAAUGAUGCAUUUGUAGAUGGAAGUUUUAAUCGCCCUUCCCUUUUGAAGCAGUUGUCAUUGGACCUCUCCAGUUUACAAGGUGAAGGUCUGAAGAAGUAUGAUAGCUUCUCCAGGUGGAUGAGCAAAGAACUAGGGGAGGUUGUGGACUCACAGACAAAAGCCAAUUCUGGAGUAUACUGGAGCACUAUAGGAGGUGAUAUUGUUAUUGGAGAUUCUUACAUUACAAAUCAAGGGUCUGUAGAUGCAUACAUAAUGAGCCUUUCACUUUCACAAGAUCAGCUUUUCAGUAUAAUUGACUUCUAUCCAAGCUGGGUUCAUUCAGGAUCAGAGACUAAGGUUUUAAUUACUGGGACAUUUUUGAAGAAUGAUGACAUUGAGGAAAUUAAUUGGUCAUGCAUGUUUGGGGAAAUUGAAGUUCCAGCAAAGAUUGUAGGAGAUGGAAUACUUAGCUGCAGUGCUCCACCACAUAAAUGCGGAAGGGUUCCUUUUUAUGUGACGUGCUCUAACAGGCUUGCUUGCAGUGAAGUAAGAGAGUUUGAAUUCCGUGAAACUGAUGCUCGCCAUAUGGAGGAGGCAGAUGCUCAUAUUUAUAACACAAAUGAAAUGCUUCUUCAUUUGCGUCUUAGUAAGCUACUCUCUCUGGGGUUUUCUUCUGAAAAUGCAAAAGAACAAUUUCUUGAAACAUCAUUACAAGAGAGGCUGCAUAUUUGGCUUAUGAACAAAUUUGCUGAAGAUGGUAAAGGCCCCAACAUCUGGGAUGAGGAGGGCCAGGGUGUGCUACAUUUGUCAGCUGCUCUUGGAUAUGAUUGGGCUCUAGAACCAACAGUAGCUGCAGGUGUCAACAUAAACUUCAGAGAUGCACAUGGGUGGACCGCCCUUCACUGGGCAGCAUUUAGUGGCAGGGAGCGUACAGUUGGUGAACUUAUUGCAAUGGGCGCAUCACCUGGUUUAUUGACUGAUCCAACUCUUGACUAUCCUUCUGGGAGAACUCCUGCUGACUUAGCAUCAGCAAAUGGUCAUAAAGGGAUUGCUGGUUUUCUUGCAGAGUCAUCUUUGACCAGCCAUCUUUCAGUCCUCACUAUCGAGCCAGAAGGGAAUGAAAUACCAAAUUUAACUACCUUGGCAGGUGCACGUGUUGCAGAACCUAGUUUCCUUGAGGUUCCAUAUGGUGAUAUGCAGGCUGGGCUUUCACUUCAGGACUCGUUGACUGCAGUUCGCAAUGCCUCUCAAGCUGCAGCUCGGAUAUACCAAGCCUUUAGACUGCAUUCAUUUCACAGAAGGAAGCUUUCUGAGAGUUGGGAUGAUAAGUCUGGAAUGUCUGAUGAGCAAGCAUUGUCACUUGUAUCUAUUAAAUCACAAAAACAAGGACAGUCUGUUAUGCCUCUACAUGCUGCUGCCAUUCGUAUACAAAACAAAUUUAGAGGGUGGAAAGGGAGAAAGGAAUUUCUAAUAUUAAGGCAACGAGUGGUCAAGAUCCAGGCUCAUGUACGUGGUCACCAAGUGAGGAAACACAUUAAAAAUGUUGUUUGGUCAGUAGGAAUCGUGGAGAAAAUUAUACUCCGCUGGAGACGAAAAGGAAGUGGGUUGCGUGGUUUUCGGUCUGAAAGCCCAAUGGAGAGCUCUUCCAUUCAAUGCCCACCGGCUAAGGAUGAUUAUGAUUUCCUACAAGAAGGCAGAAAACAGACUGAGGUUAGGAUGCAGAGAGCACUUGCAAGGGUAAAGUCUAUGGUUCAGUAUCCAGAAGCUAGAGAACAGUAUCAAAGACUUCUAGCUGUUGUUACCGAACUACAAGAAUCCAAGGCAAUGCAAGAGAGCAUGAUAAAUGAGGCAGAGGAGGUCGUGGCUGACGACUUCAUGCUUGAGCUCGAAGAGUUGUGGGACGGGGACAUGCUUCUGCCCAAUGCUCAACCUCGAGGGAGUUAAACUCGGUCAGUUCAUGCGCUAAUCAGCAUUUUAGACCCACCUCAAGUUCUUUAGCAAUUAUUGUAAAUUACCAUCUACUAAUUGGGAGUACAUUUAACAUUUCGAUAUCUAAAGAAAGAUGUAGAGUGACCUUGACUGCAGUUUGUACCAUGGGAAAGAAUUGGGAUGUAAAUAUUAAGUCCGAUUUGUAUUUCUCCUUC